UGUGUAACCUCGAGCUAUGAGCGAAGUGAACGCGGUGUAGAAUAAUGAAGUGAAUUGAACUUCUACAGCAGAUGAAAUUGCAAAAAGUGAAUUCGUGUCUUUUAUUCCAUGCUGUUAACAACUUGUGUCACCAUGGCAACAUCCUCUUUUUUAUCAUCCAGUCUGUUUACGUGCUUGGGUUUCUCUCUCUCUCUCAUUCUGGUUCGUUAUAGAUAGCAUUACACUAUGCUGUUACUGCCCUCGGCUUCAACUGCUCUGUCCAUUAAUUACGCUUUAAACACUAGCAGGAAAAAUAAAAGCACUAGCCUGCUACGUCACAUAUCUCAUUACUCCCACACAUGUUUGUAAUGCUAUAUAAGAGAUGAAUGUAUGUCUAUAUAGGCCGAUAUGCAUAAGUUUGUUUUUCAUUAAAUGCAAUAAUCCAGUUCUUCUAUUAUUAAGUGUACACGCUGAGAAAUGAACAAUCACGAAGGCAUAGACGAUGCAGCUCUGUGGACGCGCUGUUAACGUUGCGCAUCUCUGACAAGCCUGUGUGGUCCGACUCUGAGCGCAGAUGUUGUAUCUGCGCUGCGUGCCAACGAGCGAGCCAGCCAGACACCAAACCCCCGGGGAUACCUUACACCGGUUAUACUUUCAAUUGGAAAACCUCGGAGAGAUUGAAAAGGAUUUUAGACCAAAAGAUUUAACUUUGGCAGUGGCUUCUGUGGUAUAGCUAGUACACCGCGGGGUUUUCACAAGACCUAGUCCCCCUCUCCACCCUCUUCUCCCCGCUCUCCCUGUCUGUUUGUCCCCUCAAUGCAUUCAGUACCCGUCGCUGCUGCACACUCCUCCGCAGCGCGCAGGAUGGAUCCGGUCUUUCUCAUCUUUCUGCUCUACGUGAUGAUAAUCCACGACCUGGUGUGCGGAUUGAUGGAACGCCAGAGACAGGCGACCAAGCCGAAAAAACAGCCCGGCCCAGUGUGGACAUCUGGGCCAGCUAUCCGGGGGACCCCGAGAUUCACCAGGCAGCCCACCAAGACAGAGAGACCACGGGACUGGAGGAAAGGUGGCAGGAUCGUAAGGAAAGCCUGAGAGAGAGAGGGGGGCAGCGGCUCUGGAGAGACUGAAGAUACUGGCAUGGGGGUUACUUGAGAGGAAAGGCUGCUUUCCAUCGGGCCCAUCAUUCGUUUUUUUUGUUCUGUUUGCGUUCCCGUAAUUAACCCCAAAGGACUCAUCGUUUUGCUGUGCUGUUCUCACAGGGGCUCUGGAGACGACAGAGUAUGACAGACGACUGCAGAGUGUGUAGAUAUCUUUGUUACAACACCACAGAAUCCUGAUGCAUGAAACAUCCUUUGGAAAUGUUGUAUCUCAUGAAAUCAUGCUGGUGUGUUCAGCUGAUUUGUGCAUCUCUCAGUGACCGUUGAUCGAAAGGUUGUUGUUGUUUUUGUGCAACUGGCCGGUGGUAGCGCUCGUCGCUUCCUGCGCUGUAGGUCACAGACUGCAGUUAGACCCUUGGAAGAACCCAACUCUAUAGAGCACAGGCUCGGGCUCUGUUCUUAAAAGCAAACAAAACAAACAGUGAAACUAGAGAUCAUCGUCAGGCUCUGAAAACCUGCAUCGGCACAAACAGGCUUUGCAGCAUUACUGUGGGUGUGAUUUCAUUGUAAUAUUAAACACGGCUGCUAUUAAUAACACCUGUGUGUGUGUGUGUGUGUGUGUGAUUGCAAGUGAACCCGAACUGGAACAUUCUUUCAAGGUGACAGUCUGUCUUGUGUGAAGUCUCUCUAUCGGUAAAUCCUAGCGCCGGCACUGCUCAGGUGAUAAAAACUCAUUCCUCCCUCCUCACUCUGUCCGCAAUAAACCAUGAACAACAGCAGCCUCCUCCAUGUCAACGGCACCUCUCCGUGCCCUGCCGAGCCUCAGUCCAUUAUUAUCCCGGUCUUCCUGGUCCUGGUCUUCCUGGGCGGCUUCAUCCUCAACAGCGCCAGCCUGUGGAUCUUCUGGUUCCGUAUCCCGCACUGGAACUCAGGAAUGAUCCUCCAGUUCCACCUGGUCCUCAGCGACGCCAUGGUCAUCCCAGCUGCCCCGUUCAUGGCAAUCUACUACUCCCUGGGCAGCCACUGGCCCUUCGGACAGUUUCUGUGUCAACUCAAAGCGUUCUUCCUCAGUACCCACCUGUACAGCAGCAUCUACUUCCUCAUGCUGAUCAGUGUGCACCGGUACGUGGCCGUGGUGCACUACACCAGGGUGUCCCGGAUGAAGAGCAAAGACUUCGUUCACAAGCUCUGCCUGGGCGUGUGGUUCUUCCUCUCCAUCAAAGGCAUGGCCUUGUUCUUCAUCCUGGAGACCAGCGAGGUGGGCAACCGCAUCAAGUGCCUGAGCAUCCACCAGGACCAGCUGACCGGCGUCUAUUUCGUCAUGAACUUUGUUCUUCUGGUCCCUGGGUUCCUGCUCCCCUUCGCGAUCUCCGUCACCUGCUACAGCCUCCUGGUUUCCUCCGUCUCCAAGAUGAAAACCAACACCCUCAAGGGGAAGGUCAUCAAGAGCAAGUCCCUGAAGAUGAUCGCUGUCUGCAUGAGCAUCUUCGUAGCCUGUUUCACGCCCCUGCACGUGGCACGCACCCUCGGGGUUGUGGUGAAGAAGUUCUUCCCCAGCGCCUGUGCACUGCUCACCCAGGUGGAGAGCGCUUACUACAUAUCCUGGACUCUAGCUGGAGCCAACUGCUGCCUGGAUCCCAUGAUAUACUGCUUCGGGUCAGAGAAAUUCAACAAGACCUUCAGGGGCUCUCUGAACAGGAUCGGGUUCCGCUUUCACAGGCCCGCGGCUGCAAGGGGGAUGGACAGCACGAGCCAGAGCAUGACUUCCAGGGCCGGCACUGUAGCGCUCUAGGAGGCUUGAAGGCUCACAGCUUAAUGUUUAUUCACCUUCUGGGGCAAACGCUUGCUUUGAUUGCAGCCUCUGGCAAUCGAGAGCACUACCAGAGGGACUGCAAGUCAAUGUUAUUGUAAAAUGUGUAAGCAGUGUACGCUGUUGGCAUCAGGUGUGG